UCUGGAGAAAUGUAUUACGGGGCACUCUACAUGGAUGUCUACCAACAAAAUGAAAAACAAAAACACUGGGAGUGGUUUCAACUGUCUAACCAGUUUAUAACCAGAGUACAGAUGCCUUUGUCGGAACACCAUCUCCACGUUAAGGCACCUAUGGUUAUCGACGCGACUUAAUCCACGGCAGGUAACGUUUGAGGGAGCAAGAAAAAGGAAAAAAGGGACAGGGGCGGAGAGUUAUGGCGUCCUCUAGCAGUCUCUUAUAUGAAGAACAGCUGCAGUGCUCCAUCUGUCUGGAUGUGUUCACCGAUCCAGUCUCUACUCCAUGUGGACACAACUUCUGUAAGAUCUGUCUGAACCAGUUCUGGGACAAGCGUUCACAUUACCAGUGUCCAAUGUGCACAGCGGAUUUCCCCCAAAGACCUGAGCUGCGUGUAAAUACUUUUAUUUCUGAACUGAGUGCUCAGUUUAAAAUGUCAGUUCAAGUGAAACCCAGCAGCACUGCAGAUCAACCUUCGUACCUGAAACCUAACGGGGUUCUCUGUGACACCUGCACUAAGGAAAAGCUUGAGGCUCUAAGGUCCUGUCUGGACUGUGGGGUUUCUUUAUGUAUUACUCAUCUGCUGCCCCAUAAAACUACACCUAAAUUAAAAAAACACAAACUAAUUGACCCUGUGGAGAACCUGGAGGACUACAUCUGCCAGAAACAUGAGCGACCCCUGGAGGUGUUCUGUAGAGACGACCAGAUGCGUUUGUGCCAGUUCUGUAUUUUGGGAGACCACAAGAAUCACAACACUGUUCCUAUAGAGGAGGAAAGUCAAGAGAAGAAGAGUCACCUUGUGGAGACACAGAAACAUGUUCAGAAGAUGAUCCAGAACCGACAGGAAAAGAUUGAGGAGCUCAAACAGUCUACAGAACUCAAUAAAAAACACACAGACAAGGAAAUAACAGAAAGCAUGAAGAUGUUCAGUGCUCUGAUGCGCUGUAUGGAACGAAGCCAGGCCGACCUGCUUAAGGUGAUGGAAGAAAAGCAGAAAACAACAGAGAGGCAAGCGGAACAGUUCAUUAGAGAGCUGGAGGAGGAAGUUCUUGAACUAAAAAAGAAAAACAAUGAAAUGGAGCAGCUCUUACAUACACAGGAUCACCUCAAGUUCCUACAGAUUUACCCGUUUCUGCAUGGACCUCUACACAACAAAAAUUGGAAUGAUGUCAGAAAUAAUUCUCGUCUGAAUGUGGAGACACUGAGGAGAACUCUGCGUCAGCUUCAGGAGUCUCUGAAUGAGGAGAUCAAAAGACUUCCAGAGAUCGAACUGAAGAUAUUUCAACAAUAUGCAGUGGAAGUGACUCUGGAUCCUGAUACAGCAAAUUCUAAACUUAUCCUGUCUAAUAACAGGAAGCAAGUGAGAUGUGGCAACAAAGGACAGAAUGUACCUGAUAACCCAGAGAGGUUUAAGCGUUGUAUCAAUGUUCUGGGAAAGGAGGGAUUCUCCUCAGGGAGAUUUUACUAUGAUGUGCAGGUCAGAGGGAAAACAGCUUGGGAUUUAGGAGUGGUCCAAAAGUCCAUUAACAGGAAGGGGGAAAUUACAUACAGUCCAAAGAAUGGAUACUGGAUUAUGAUGCUGAGAAAUAAGUCUGAAUAUAAGGCUUGUGAAUCUCCACUCAUCCCCCUUACAAUGAAACAGGCUCCUCAGAAGGUGGGGGUCUUUGUGGAUUAUGAGGAAGGUUUGGUCUCAUUCUAUGAUGUUGAGGCCAAGUCUCAUAUUUACUCUUUCACUGGUCAGACCUUCACUGAGAAACUCUAUCCAUUCUUCGGCCCUUGUCUUACUAGCGGUAAAAACUCAGCACCGCUGGUCAUCACAUCUAUUGAACAUUAUCUUUCCACGGAAACCGACUUUACACAAUAAGAAUUAAACCUAUAUACUCUGAAAUUACACAGCUGCUUUUAAGGUUAGAAGAUAAGGUUCGAUAUUUUUUUUCCUUUUCUCUGAUCUAUAAAAGUAAAAAAUAAAUUUCAGUCAAAAAUCAGUCAAUCAAAAUCGUCUGUAACGACUAUAUCAAAUCUAUCGACACAAUAUUUUAAUUGUUACAACUGUUACAAUUUGAUUGUUACAAUGUGAUCUAUUUGGGUUUCUGUUGUUGGCUGUUCUCUGAAAUACACUUUAAUCUGUUUAAAGUUAACAUGAGAGAAAGGCAAAUAUUGUCUAUGGAGAGUAAUAAACGUGGUGAAAUCUUUUGUAUUGAAAAAAUCAAAAUCUAAAAGCAUAGCAAGACCCUCUUGCAAAUAAUUAUGGAAAAGCUUUGAUUCAGUCAUGUAGCCUUUACAUAUUUAAUAACCAUCGUCAUCUUUAAAAUGUACUACUACUGCUACAAACUUACUGUAAUGCUUAGAUUGCUUUCUAGAUUUUUUCUCAAAUAUUUUUGCAUUGAUUGCAUUUGCACAACAUUUUGACAAACUAUAUUAACGAUCAAUGGUACAUUUAUUAAUUGUGAAUUGUAUGGUACAUUUUACUAAUAUGUGAGUGUUGUUGCUCUUUUAGGUUUGUUAAUGAUUUUCAGGGCAAACAGGAUUACACCCUGCUUCAGUUCUAUGUUUUAGUUAUCAGGGCCGAGAUAGCAAUUGGUUGGUCCUCAUCAACUUCUGUAAACAAACAAUCAUGAGUAAACCGACAUUUAAAACCAUGUGGGAAAAUCAAGUCCACGCUAUAAUUCAGUACCAUGUAGAACCUCCUUUAGAAGCAAUAACUUCAAGUAAACAAUUUCUGUAGGAGUUUAUCGGUGUUAAUUUGCACAUGUCCGGAUACUUCGCAGGCAGCGAAGGUUCAAAAACACAUAAACAGUCCGAUAUCAUACACAGGCAAGAUAAACAGCAUAAGAAAUAGUAAUGUCCGCAAGGCAAAACAUGACUUCGCAAGGAUGGAGGGUGUGAGUGCAUCUUAAGUAGUCCAUAAAGAUGAGAAACGUGUGUGUAAUCAGGUCCCGGUGUGGUGUUAUGGGAAAUGGAGUCCAGUGAGUAGUCAGUACUCGGGUGAUGGUGCCCUCUGGUGGUGAGUGGGAGGAACCACGGAGGCCUGAUUCAUGACAGUAUCACUGGGUAACAUCACCUUUUCUUCUAAUAACACUUAUUAAGUGUUAUUCUGUGCAACUGUACAGGGCAUUUGUUGCCUUAUUUUGUGCUUCAAAAUGGACCACACAUUGUCAAUUGGAGAGAGGUCAGGACUGAAGGAAGGCCAUGCUAGCACCUGCAGUCUCUGCUUACGCAACUAUGCUCUUGUAAUCCAGGCAGAAUUUGGUUUGGCGUUGUCCUGCUCAGGAUGGCAGCAUAUAUACACAUAUACUCCAAAAUGUGUACAUAGCUUUCUGCAUCCUCACAGAUAUGCAAGUUACCCAUGCCAUUGGCACUGACACACUCCCCUUACCAUGAUGCUGAUAACAGCUUGGAUGGUCCUUUUCCUCUUUGGCCCGGAGCACACGACAGCUUGUUUUUUCUAAAAACUAUUUGAAAUGUAGAUAAAGACUCUUCUUGAAUCUCCACAUCUCCUAGGGCUGACUUCCUACACUUAUGUUUGUCAAAGUCAAGAGGCACUGGCUUGGCUCCACAUACCGUAGGCCAAACCUCUCUCCUGUGUCCCUGCUGGAUGUAUGUAAACCUGGAUAUUUUGGCUGCCCUGUCACUCUCACAGAGGCACAGUUUAAAUUCAUCAUUAACACAGGGUCAAACACUGCAGGUAGGAUUACCCCAGGCUGCUUCAGGUCCACCAGCCGCUGAUAAUUCCAGUGCGCCAUAUUCCAGUCAUUCCCUGUGCCUGGAACAGCUCAGGAGAGACACGAGUGCCUGUUACUCACUGAGCCUGGUGGAAAUGAAACCCCUCCUGCUGUGAGGUGCCUCUGACAGGGAUCCAAAUGGGCACAGCAGCUCCAUCACUCUUUACAUGAUUGAGCUGUAAGGUUCCCGCGUGUCUGUAGAGGAUUCCUUCCUCCACCUCAGGGUCAGUCAGGCAGCCUCUAAGGAUGUGUACACGCUGAAUCCACCACACCUUUAGCAGUGAGGGUUUAAAAAGGAAGCUGUAGUUGGGAUCCUUUGCAAGGUGGAAAUGUUGAAGCACUUCUUCCACUCUCUGGACCAGCUCUCUGGGAUUUGACACCUUUGUCCUCUUGUCAGUACUGUCUGAUGUGCUGCUUGGCAGGAUUAACAGGCUCAAUACUACAGAAUAUGUAUGCUUUUUUCAGUUUCUCCAGGUCGCUCUGAUCCACUACAGAGAAGGCAGCAGAGAGGAACUGGCAGCAGGAGCUAUAAAGAGGAUGGUGCUCCAACACACACUCCCUGGUGAACCGCCGCAUACAGUGAAAUAAGUCCAACUUAACAAUGAUGUUCUCAUUGUACUCCAGGCAAGCGGCACAUAAAUUCUUGAGGUUCUCUGAGGUAACUGCCACGAUAGUUUCAGUGGUCGUCCCACUGCAGGUGCUCAUAAGGUGCUGGGUCCAUGACUCUGAAAGCGGCACAGCAGUCCCUAAGUACACAAAAGGGAAAUAAAAAAAAAUCAGUUAAAUAUAUUCAUUACCUUUGCUUACACUACUUGAUGUGAUGUGAUGAUGCAUAUCUGUCCACCCACUGGUACUUGGCCUUGGGGAUUCCAGCAGCACUGUAGCGAUUGGCCAGCCCACAGUACAUUGACUCUAAGGACUGCUCACUUUCAGAUUGCAGCUUCACCCAGGUCAGGAUCAUCCAGUUCUCAUUCAUCACAGCGUAGGAUGACAUUGUGCCAGAUGAGAGAGUCACUCUGCGUGUGAUCUGACCUGAACACCUGUCCAAAACUGCCUUGUAGGACCUGAGUGAGAGCUGCCUCCUGCCGCUGAUAUCCUUGAAGAAGGCACUCCACCAGAUAGUGUGCAGUCACAGACACCCCAUACCGCCCAUCAGUGUCCUCAUAACCCCCAAAGAGUGCUAGUGUGUCAUCCUUCCUCAGUGACCCAGUGAUGGUCCUCUGUCCAUACAGCCCUGCUUCAGCAUCCCUGAUGUUCUGCACGCUGAGCACGUAGGCUAGGUGGGCUCUUUCGUACUUCAGGUGAAGCACCCCAGACAGCUGGUUGGCCAUAUCAUUUGGUGAUUUUCCAGAGCGCCGCAGUUCAUCCAGCACUGUUUUACAGAUUGCCUUCUUAUGGGUGAGUAAGGCUGGCAAGAUGUUCAUAAAACGCUUUGGUAGCAUGUCUAGCCACUGGGGUUUAUCAACAAACAAGUAUUUUUUGCAUGCUUUACAGCACAGACGAGAGGAAAAGAUAUAAUAUUGCCUGCUGGUACCAAGAAUCACUCUGGGUCUUCCCACACCAGAGGAAACAACCUGAGGAUGUGGACAGCUGUAAAUACAAGGCAGGAUGUAAUUGUUUCUGAGCCUUUCCAUAAUACUGUGCUCCGGUUUCCAGAUGAAGAACGGAUGGAGCUGGAAGUAUUUUGUUGAUGGCAGGCCUGUGUUGGUUUCUAUAAGCUCAGGCUGAGGAGGAUAACGCCACAAGGAAACCAUGUUCAUAAGGUGUCUCAUAUAUAUAUAUAUAUAUAUAU